AUGGGUUGGUUCUCUGGAGAGAGCAAAAAUGAUCCCGUGAAGAAGCUCGACCCGGGCCUCCGGGAAUAUCUCGAACAAGAGCGGCCGGACCAAUAUGUUCCUGCGCCGGACGUACAGCAACCUACUUCCCCGUCACCCACCCCCGAGUCUGUCGAAUCCUCGAAGCCAGCCGUUCCUGCACAGUCACUUUACCAAGAUGGGCGGUAUGCGGAUCUGUGGAAGACAUACAAGCCCCCAGUCAAUGCCGACGGAGGUGAUGGAGUCCGCGGAGCGGCACGAGUGAUUGAGAAGUUCAAGGAGCGCGGCGAUACAGUGCAGCGGGCAGCGAUGGAGAACUGUGCCAUGGAGCAUGAAGCUCUUACUUUAUGCUUCCAGACUGGAAACUGGCGCAAGCAGCUCGAAUCGCGAUUGACUAUGUGUGCGGAGCAGAAUGGCGUCUUCUCGCGAUGCUUUACAACUCAGAGUAAAUUCCUCCAGGCUUUGGGCUACGCAGCCUCGUUCGAGUAUGACGCCGAGAAAGAGGAACGGAUUCAGAUGCAUGCCGACAAGCUCUACCACCAGAUGCUGGACUACGAGAAGCGAGUGGAGGAAGCCAAGGCCGCUGGCACUGAGCCGCCACCAAUUCAGUCCCUCUUUCAUCCUGAGGCCACAAACAGCUCAUCAACAACAGACAACAAGACCCAGGCGGUCAUCGAGAUCCCCGGAGGCGAGUCUAUCCCAGCCGGCUUUAAGCCAUCCAAACCUCUGCAAAAGCUCACACCGCAUGAGCGGGAGCUGGAGAUUCGAGCCUAUAAUGCUCAUCUUGAGCAGACAAAGCGGUACGCUGAAGAGGCCAGUCCAUAUAUGAAGACACAAUCAGACGCCAAGUCGAAGAGACAGGAAAAGGCCAUCAGCUGGUUUGGCGAAACAAUUGGAAAGUGGGUCUCAUAG